AUGGAGUUCGGUCUCUACCAGGCCAUCCACACAUUCCUCUCAGUCUUCGGUGUUGGUAUCAAUAUCUUCUUGUUGUACCUGGCGUUGACAAAAUCACCGAAAAUCAUGCGUCCCUGUUCUGCACUGAUCACCAACAAGUCGUUGACGGAUAUCAUGUCAUCAUUGGCUAAUUUGUUUGUCAUGCAGAGAAUCAUCACCGACGGCUCCUCUAUAAUAAUCAUUCCCACUGGUCCCUGCACUUCCAUCGGCCCAACCGCCUGCUAUGCCGGUCACAUGUUCAUGGGAAGCUUUUUGGAGCACAACCUCAUAUGGCUCAUUGCUUGUUAUCUAUUCCGUUACUACAUCCUCUAUGUCCGUGAUCCAUCAAUCAAAAGUAUUAUUUUUGCGGCGUUAGUGGUUUAUACGCCAAGUUUUAUUCAUAUGGCGGUUUGGAUUAAACUAUUCGAUUCGGAGAAUAAGGACAUGAUGAUGAAUUCUACUGGUUCUGGCAAUUCAUCUUCUUCUGAAAUGAUUCUGACGGGCUCUGCAGUCUACUGGAGCUCUCUUGUAGUCUAUGUUCAACUUGUAAUCACUGCUAUUCUUGUGGUCAUUGCUUAUACAUGGAUCCGGAAUGUGUUGAUCAACUUCAUUUUGAGUAUGGGAGCAACACUUUCAAAAGAUGUCAAGAUUAUCAAUAAGCAGUUGGUCAAGAUUCUCACGUUCCAAGUGUGCAUUCCCAUCUGGAUCUUCCUCGGAGUCUUCUUCUUCCUUGCCAUGUACACCCAGAAUGCUCAACCAGACAUUCUACAGUACUCCAUCACUAUUUCCUUCAUGUUGGCACCUGUCAUCUCUCCAUUUGCCUACAUCUUCUUUGUCCCUCACUACUGGAAUUUCUGUAUCGGAAAGAAAUAUGUGACACCGAGUACCACUUCUAUCUGUGGAAGCUCGUCGAAUUGUGGAAGUGUUGAGAAGAAGUCGAUGGCUUGA